UUGAGUGAGGUCCUUCGUGGUCAGUGAUCAUUGUCGCUAGCGUGCUAUGUAAAAUGUCACGUCGAUAAUAUGGUUUACUAUAUUAGGUAGUAAUUGUUUAAGCGUGCAGACGUCCAUUAGAUCGGUGCCAUCAUUUUUCGCGUACACAUUUUGGGAGAAAAUGACCGAUCUGGCAGAGUCUCUUGCCAGAGAAGGCUGGUACCUCAGUGAUGAGGGGAUUACGGAACUGAAAGGUGCUGUUGAGAAAAUAUCACAUGCAGACAUUAUCCGUAUUGCGCUCAAUAGUGAUCUUCGACCUAUUGGCAGAAAAGUCCUACCGUCGGAGAUCAACAGCGGAAGGGUUGAGAAGCUGGAGGGUCCAUGUGUUCUCCAGGUACAGAAGGUGAGGAACAUCUCGUCCCCCAAAGACAAUGAAGAAUCCCAAGCAGCUCCCAGAAUGCUGCGAAUGCAGAUGACAGAUGGGCACACCAACUGUGUAGGACUGGAAAUUAAACACCUGUCCAAGAUCAGUUUAAACACCCCCCCUGGAACAAAGGUAAAGCUCCUUGGCACUGUCCUAGUUAGAAAUGGUUUUCUGCAUCUGGAUGACUCCAAAAUCUCCGUCCUUGGGGGAGAGGUCGAUCACAUGGUGGAAAAAUGGGAACUUCAGCGGAGCCUGGCCAAACACAGCAGGAGCAACAUCGGCGCAGAAGGUGGACCUCCUCCCUUCGUGCCAUUUGGACAGAAGUGUGUGAGGAAGGAAGAAGUAGACAGCAGAGAAUUGGACCAGAGAAAGACCCUGCAGAGCACUGGCGUUGUCAAAACUACUGAUGAGAAUGAUGAGUUUGAAAAGCAGCGGACAGCAGCCAUUGCUGAGGUGGCCAAGACCAAAGAGGCCUCUCGCACAUUCGGUGGUGGAGGAAACGCCGGCCGUAACUUGAGCAGUGCUGGUUCCUCCCACCGUGGCCGAGAGUCCUACCAGCAGCGGAGACGCGAGGAGAGGGUUGAGAGGACCGAGAGCAGACAGGAGGGAAACUACAGAGAGCUGGUGGACGAGCGGGCUUUGAGGAACAUCAUGGAGAUGGGGUUUAACAGGGAGGCUGCCCGGCAGGCUCUGAUGGAUAACAACAACAACCUGGAAGUGGCCCUCAACAGCCUGUUGACUGGAGCCUCUGGCAGCAGGCCCUGCCCAGCCACAGCUGAAUACAACAGGCCCCCGCCAAGAGCAAGAGGGAAGGGAAGAGGAAGGUCCCGGACUGAGGAAGAAGAGGAAGGAGCAGGAGGAAGGCCAUCCGGACCUAGCACUCUCUUUGACUUCCUGGAAUCCAAGAUGGGAGGUUUUUCCAUUGAUGAAACAAAAAACCAGCCGCCUCAGAGACAUCAGGAGGGCAGAAUGAGUUUCGUCAACUCUGAUCAUUAUUCCAAAGAUGCAUCACAGACCAGGCACACCUCGCAUAAUGACGGCAGGCAACAAAGGAACGACAGACCACCCCGCUUCCACAAGGACACUGACUUUCCCAAACCUGGCCUGGAGCCCCUCUUGACUUCCACAGCCCCCCAAUCCUCCGGCCCGGCCCAGCCAUGGAAGGGGCAGGAGAGAGCGUCCCGUAUCGGACCAGACAGGUGGCAGAAUGACAGGAGGGAGACACGAGAUGAACAGAACUCUUCUUCACUCUCAUCCACAUUUACACGGUCUAAAGAUCAGGUGCAGCAUAUGGAAUCUUCUGGAACUUUUCACCAGAGGUUCAGAAAUGGAGAUGGCGGCGGUGGGAAUCUGGCUGGGGGUUUUCAUCAAGCUGCACGAGAGAGCUCAGCUUCUGAGCUGUCUCAUAGGAGAGGGCCAAAAGAUAACAUCCUAUUGUCUAAAUCAAGUGAGUCUGGAAGCCAUGCGCUAAAUAUAAAAGGAUCUAGACGGGCUGAUAACAGAAGUGAAGAACCCAACAACAACAGGAGAAGGGGGAAAAAUGAUCGGCCUAACUCAGACCACUUUGACCGUCAAAGGGACAGCUGGCUGCUGAACUGUAACUCAUGGGGCGAGAACUCAGCGACAGCCCAAGAAGCGGGGUUGUCUCGGGACUCUCGAUCUACAAAGGGGGAUCAAUCCCACCUUCAGAAUGGGGACUCUGAGCCUAAACGAACUGGGCCAAUUAAGCAAACAAACCCAUCUGGUCACAGAGAGGAGCUGCCCAAGAAAAACACAUCUCAGAACGCAGGGCCCAAGAAAAGAUCAGGACAAGGCAAAGGUCAAGGUCCUAAAGGGUCGGAGAGAGGUCAUGUAAUGGAGCAUUCAUGGAAACCUGGAGAUCAGUGCCUGGCACUCUACUGGGAGGACAGCAAGUUCUACCGCGCCAGAAUCGAUGCUGUGCAUCCGUCAGGCUCCACGGCAGUGGUGGUGUUCAGUGACUAUGGCAACUGUGAAGAGGUUCUGCUGCACAACAUCAAACCUAUUGCUGCUGACAUUUGGGAGGAAGAUGAUGGUUACUAUGACAGCUCACUAGAGUUCCGCCGUGGGGGAGAUGGGCAACCUAGACGCACCCGACCCACACAACAGUAUUACCAGCCACCCAGGGCGCGCGAUUGAUCUGUUACUGCUAACACUGAGCUUAUAAGUCAUUCUCCAACAAUCCAGAGAUCUUCCUGAGUGUGAAGUGUCCAUAUCGGCGAGGCCAACAGAAUCUUAACAGAAAGGGCUCAGACGAGAUGCAAAAACUGACACACAAACCCAUCAAUUUUCUUAUGGGCACUACUGUAAAUGGUGUGAAGAUUUGUAAAACGGCUGCAAUAUAAUGUUAAUAAACCGUAAUUCUCAUAUGAAUCUAUGUGGUUGUAAUGUC